AGAUCUUUGGGAGCACAAGCUAGAAGAAUACUAAAUGUUGAUAAUUUCUAUCUAUCGUUUCUUUUCUUUUCUUUUCUUUUCUUUGGAGUGGAUUCCUCAAUGCUUGCAUCCAACACUUCCAGCUUCUGAGGACUGUUGUCAUUUCCACCCAACACAGCUGUCUUGGUGUAGAGGGAGCAGUACAUCGUAUUCAUCUGGGUCAUCACAGCAUGGUGAAGAUAUGCAGUGGAUUUGAAGUGGAUUAAAUAUCAAACCAUCAAACUGCCUCAAUGAAAUGCAAAUUCCAUGUGACGGAAAACAACAAUAGUUCAAAACUGUGCCAUAUCAUCCUUGGGAUCCUUGGAAAGAACCGUAUUGAAGGACAGAAAUGCAUCCUCAUGAGCGUGGCCAUUCAGAACAUUCAACACGGGAGCUACUACUAACUAGUAGUAGCUGUCUAGUCUACCGGUACUAGUCUUUGCUGUCGUAGAUAGAUUACUCUGGAAUUACACUAGCAGAGGACUAAGUGAUGCCAGCUUGAAGGUAGUGGGGGAAUGGAUCAAGGGGCGCAUUGAAGUGGCGGGGGUGGAAGAGGCCAGCCAGUGGGUCUGCAGGGGUAGUUCCAGAUGAGUAGCGUGUGGAGGAAGCAGUGGCAAUGGAUCUAAGGAUGUGGUGCCCAAGGUGAGUGGACAGGUUGAGUGCCAGUGAAUGAUGAGCCCACCUGGAUGGGGAGAGUGGGGUGAGUGUGGUAUCCAGAUUGGGGGGAGGGGUGUAGUGCUUGUCUGCCAGUGGAAGGAGACCAACAGGAGCAGAUUGUAGUUGGAUAGGUAGUGGAGCUAUGGGGUGGUGGGUUGUUGAUCCAAGUUUCUGUGGGUGGGGGGAAUGGGAGAUCUUUGGUGUCCUACUACAGCUGUACCAGCACCGCGACUGCAUCAUUUUAUCCCCAACCCGACAACUUGGGAAGGUCCAGUCCCGCAGCACCGGUACCGCCGCAGAUUCAUGGUUUGGAUCUGUGAGGAGUCAUGGAUACUGGUGCAUCCUACACUAUUGUUAGAAGUGAAACGAAGCUCGCUUUUCGGUUCCCUGUCGCAUAAUUGAAAUGUGUCGAGCACCUCCGCUUCGUAAGACCAGUACUAUUCCUUCAUCCGAUCUACGUCAAACGUCCUCGGCAGGCUCUUUAUAACGGACGUUUAACCCACCUUUUUGGUUUGCGUGACACAACUUCCAGCACUCUCAACGGAAGUGGGGAGCAACAGGUCAGAUGUACUGAAAGGGGCAAAAGGUUUUAGGUUUGAACGCGUGUUCUUCUGCAACAACUGUUAAAUGAUGGCUUCCCAAGAUCUCUUUCAUGCGAAAGAAUGAAGGGGAUGUGAAUGUGUGCAUUAUCUCUUUAGGUUUUCCACGAAUGCUAUCGUCAUCUUCAUGCUCAUUUCACUGUUUAAGCCUGGUCUAAACCCAGUAGCCAUUGACUCGAUGGCAUCAAGGUUUUACUGGGGUGUCUUUUCCACAGUCGCACUUACCAAUUCCUCCGUACUCAUUUCGCUUGGGUGGCAUUCUUGUAACGGCAGUUUUCUCCUCACCCAAGGCGAAACAUUUUUUGGCCGGGCUCUCAGGAGGCUGCUUCACAGGCACUCAAACCGAAAGGGCUGGACCACGCUGUUGUGCCUUUGACUAUCCUUGGUGCCCUUGAUCUUCAUCGCCAACAACGACUGGUGGUAUGAUCCUUCUAGACUCGACUCCAUCUUUUUGUUGCUAGGAGAGUUGCUAUUGUAGACAAUCUGUCUCUGCGCAUGUAUGGAGGUGUAGGCAGGAGCAGUUGGUACAGGUUUCAUCUCAUCUCAUCUCAUCUCAGCUCAUCAGUUGUGAUCUCAUACUAGUAGUUGAGAUUGUGGCUGGGCUGUCACGUGACCAACGCAUCGGCCACAAUGCCCAAGCGACCGCUGUUUCAGGGUUCCUCGACAGACGCUUCAGCCGCUGCUGCAACUGAUCAGGCGGCUGUAGUCAAGUUGGAAAAUGCGACAGCGCAAGGUGUAGCGGAUCCAGGCAUCAAUGAUGUCAUUAGUGGCAGAGGGGAUACCAUCAACAGACACCCUGGGAAUGUCCAUUUCCGCAAACUUGUCGAGGAAAAGCGACGGGUGUACCUUAGUUCGCACUUCAAACGCGAGAAGCGGCUGAUUGCUGAAACCAUCGUAGCUGCCAUCAAAUCACUGGAUCCUCCUGGGAGAUUCCUUUCCAAGGAUACCAAGACGGGUCUAUGGUUCCCCAUCGACGAAGACAGAGCACGAGAGAAAGCAUCACAAGCUCUCCGGGAAAACUCCAAGAAAAUCAAGGCUGAACUACUCCAAACCGAUGAUUCCAUUCGCAAAAUGUCAAAUCACACAAACUACAACGCUGCUGGGGUCGCCACCGGACAACACAGCAGCACAGGUUAUCCUCCUAGUAGCCCAGGAAAGAAUGGAACAGCCUACGAUCCGCAUCAGCAUCACUAUCCAUACCCACCACCGGGACCAGGAUGGGGAUACCCGUAUUACUACGGAUAUCAAAUGCCUCCCAUGCCGCCAGGGUACCAUCCACACGCAUAUCCCCCGCCACCUGUUCCAACGGGACCACCCCCUUUCUACCCAUAUGGACCACCCCAACCUGCUGGAGGAACCGCUGCAGCCACUUCCUCUACCUUCCCAGGCGAACCAGCACAGGAAUCCAAUACUAGCAACAUCAUCCAAUCCAAAAGCACCGAACCAACCGACCUAGACGACACACGGUUUAGCAGACUUCCCUUUCAACCCAUGCCAGAGCAGCGCCUUCGACAAACCCAACAGCAGCGACAAACGCAAAAUGAAACACAUGCCAUGGACGAAGACUCGAAACGUCAAGACUACGGGUCCAGUCUCAAGUGCCGCAAAAUAGAAUCAUUCAAUGAGGAACCUCGGGAACGGCAAGUCAUCAAGAAUACAUCUACUACGUGGGGAGGCAUCGUCAGUGCACCCCAUACACCGACGAAGACCACCGCCAACUUCCCAGACCCCCCUUCUCCCCAUCCUCAGAAUCAAGCUGCAUAUAUGCGGUCGCCGGAGAACUAUGGUGGCCCUCGUCGGAUGGCUGCUCAUCCUGGGUACGGGGCUCACCAUCAACAGACUUUGACAGUAAACACUGCAAGUCCUCCCCUGGAUGGGCCUCCUCACCAACAUCAUCAUUACCAUCCUCCCGAGGCUACUAGAACUCCAAUUGGAGCCAAGACACCGGUAGCAGCCAUUCAAGACAUUGUCUUUCACGCUUCGCAAGGAUUAGGAGCGGGACUGCACCACCCCUUGUCUGCCACACCAUCGUUUUCUCGGUCUCCUUUGCCAGCCAACUCCCCGGAGGCAGCAGCGGGAGACCAAUCAGUGCCAUUCUCUCCUAUUCGUGCCCAGCAACAGCUUCUAGAGAAUCAGAAUCACCCAGCCAAGCUACCAAACGACUUUAGCUUCCCUACGAUGACUGCGCACUCACCACGGCGAUUUCAUCGCCAUGCCUUGGCGCAACGAUCCAACUAUUUCGUUUAGAACGAUCUAGUUGAGUAUCUAGUUGCUUGAGUACAACUACACAAGGUGCUGGGAGGUACCUUACCAAUGGGCAGGCUGCAGCUACAGUAGCCUGGGAUUAAGAGUGCGAGCAGCUCUUACAAUAGAUAGUAAACGCUUCAAACAGAAAUAGAUUUUGCCAAGCCUACUUG